UUCAUUUUCCCUUUCCCAUAUUAUAUAAUAUUAGAGCAAAAUUUUUUUUCCGCUACCUAAAUCCUCUUGAUUCUUCAUUCAAUCGUUCUUGAUUUUUCUUCAUACAAGAGAUCUUUGUUUCUUUCUUCAUUUUCUCUUGAUUCCUUGUUCAAACAAGCGUUUCCAUGGAGUCCUCGACAUUUCCCUCUUCUGGUUCUACUACUUCGCAACUUGGCAGAGCCGCCAUUGAAGAUCCUCUGAAUCUGUUCUUCCUUCAUCAUUCUGACAGCCCAGGGCUUGUACUUGUUUCACAGCAGCUUACUGGCGACAACUAUACAUCUUGCAGUCGCGCGAUGAUGAUUGCUUUAUCCGUGAAGAAUAAACUCGGUUUCAUCGAUGGUUCCAUUCUACGCCCAGACGGUACGGAUGUGAAUUUUCUAAACUCUUGGAUUCGGAAUAACAACAUAGUUAUUUCUUGGAUUCUUAAUUCUGUUUCCAAAGAAAUUUCUGUUAGUGUGUUAUUCUCUGAUUCAGCCUUUAAAAUCUGGAUCGAUCUUGAAGAUCGAUUUCAACAAAGUAAUGGCCCUAGAAUUUUUCAAUUGCACCAAGAAUUAGUGAAUCAUGUUCAAAAUCAACAAUCUGUUGGCGUAUAUUUCACGAGAUUGAAGGCGUUAUGGGAAGAAUUGAACAAUUUCUGACCUUUGUGUUCUUAUGGAAAAUGUUCUUGUGGAGGUGUCAAGGCAUUAAAUCAGUUUUUUCAAGCAGAGUAUGUUAUGUCCUUCCUUAUGGGAUUAAAUGACAGCUUUGCUCAGAUUAGGGGACAAUUGCUCCUUCUUGAUCCGUUGCCUCCUAUCAACAAAGUCUUUGCUCUUCUUUCUCAAGAAGAACGCCAACGCAGUGUAGUUUCUCACAACAGCUUAGGAAUGGUUUCUACUUCCAGCUUGGCCUUUGUUGUCAAACAGGAUGGAUCCAAACGGGCUAAUUCUACUAGUUCUGAUUUCCAAAAUUUUGGAAAUAAUAGGGGACAGAGGAAAGAGAGACCUUUCUGUACUCAUUGUAAUUUUCAUGGACACACUAUUGAAAAGUGUUACAAAAUUCAUGGGUAUCCACCGGGUUAUAAGCCUAGGCCGAAGUUUCAAAAUGCUGUUGUCAACCACACAUCCAGUCAACUUGAUUCUCAAAUCGGCUCGCAUUCUCAAAACAGUUUAAAUCCGGAAGAUGGAGCUAUAGGAGGCUUUCUCAAGACAUUGAACAAUAAUCAAUACCAACAGUUGAUGACAGCAUUGUCUAGCCAUCUAGCUACUUCUAUGAAGGAUUCUGUGAAGGAUGUUACUCCAACAAACGCCUCUUCUUCUUCAUUCUUGACAGGUUUACUUGGAUUUUUCUACUUAAGCACAAGUCCGAUGUGAUUACAGCUAUACCAAGGUUUUUCACCUUUGUUGAGACUCAAUUUCGUGUCAAGAUCAAAGGUUUUCAGUCGGAUAAUGCCAAGGAAUUGGCUUUCACAGAACUAUUUCAUGCAAAAGGAGUUUUACAUCAAUUCUCUUAUGUAGAGACUCCACAACAAAAUUCAGUUGUGGAACGCAAGCAUCAACAUUUGCUCAAUGUGGUUCGGGCUUUAUUCUUUCAAUCCAGUGUUCCAAUUACUUUUUGGGCCAAGUGUGUGAUGACUGCAGCCUUUAUUGUCAACAUGACUCAUUCUCCUUUGCUUUAUGGUAAGUCAC